GUUCGGGGAGAUGCAACUCCCCACGGAAGGAUAAAAUAGGGGACAGGAUCUAGUAGAGCCCCUGUUCUGAGCAGCUGAUCCUGGCCCCAUCUUAGACAGUCCUCUACCUUCCCUUGGCAACAACUACUGCUGCAGCUGUUCCACACGAGUCAAUAUCAAGACGCCACUGAUGCGGCCAACGGGUCUCGGCCCGACCUCCACGAUGUGGUGUGCCGCCUCCUCGUGGCGAUGCGGGCGGCCACCAUGAACGCAACGUCUCCGGUGGUGUGGCCCGGCUGCGUCGUGGCGACUCCGGCAUCUCCGGCGUUCCAGCAGUCCAAGGCCGGCCGCGUCAAGGCCAAGCCGGUCCAGCCCAUCGUGCGAGAGAGUAGCUCGGCGAGGACUCGGGCUGGAGUUCCACGGGAGCGUCUCGCCCCCCCCCGGAGCCAUCUUCAUUGGCGGGCAAUGGCCGGGCACGGCAGUAGGCCAAGCGCCACACGAGCGGGACUCGUGGCAAGGGAGGCGGAUCGGGCUCUGGUUCAGACCGGAGUCUCACCCGGAAGCACGGCGCUCGGAAAGGGUCCUUCUUCCAAGCAACAAGUGAAACGGAGCUUGGAUGGAGAAGCCCCUGGACCAGACGCUUUCCAGCUAUUGUUGCGUCACCUGGCGGAGCACUUUGACGUCGGCGACCGCCAAGAAUCGUUUUUGCGGCUGCAACAACUUGGCGCAGCAGAUGGUAUUCCAUUCGCGGAUUAUCUUCGGGCUUUCCGUUUCUUCGUUUCGUCUGUGACUGGCUCCGAGCGUACUUUGGUCCGUAGUGUAUCCAUGGUUCUCGAAAUAGUGCGAAACUCGGUCGACAAGCAAUUUCCGAGUCUGGCUCCGCUUUGGUACCCGGGUGUUUUGGCCACUGCGGUCACUCCCUUUAAGUCGAUUGCGGUUAUUAUGUGCGAGGCUUUCGCGCCUUUGGCUACUAAUAAAACCCCUGCUAUCGGUGGUUCAUCUUAUUUUUCGUUGACUUCGACCCGUGGCUCGCUGCAGCCUCGGCGGUCUAACCACCGCGCCCCGGGCCAGUGGGCAUCCGGCUCCGCACAGAACCCUGUAGAUUGCCGGUGCAACCUCAAGCCACGGAUCCUUUCACGCACAACUACAACUCGUGGCUUGUUUCGCAAGCCGACUGGUCUGAUGUAUACGCCCGUAACACCGAUGAUCCUUUUUUAUGGACUCCUUUGUUGA